AUGUUGGAGACGCACGUUUUGGAAGAGGUGGAGUCCAUCAAGUGCGCAAUCCAUGAAGGACUAGAGGAGCGCACACCGACGGAGGAUCGCUUGGAUCACCUCAAGGUCCUUGUGCGAGACUUGAGGGCGAGCAACAAGGGAAUGCGUGAGGACCUUGCGGUGUGGAAGCGGGUGAUCGCUAGCACUGGGAAGACCACGUUGUCUACAGAUCACAAUCGGUUCCUUAUUGGAGAUGACGAGCACUGCUGGAGCGACAAUGGUGUUUCGAACAUUGAGGGCGGAUGCUAUGCCAAGUGCAUUGAUUUGUCAAGGGAGAAGGAGCCUGAUAUUUGGAACGCGAUCAAGUUCGGGACUGUGUUGGAGAAUGUGGUGUUUGAUGAGCACACAAGAGAAGUGGAUUACUCAGACAAAUCCGUCACAGAGAACACUCGAGCGGCCUAUCCGAUUGAAUACAUCCCCAAUGCUAAGAUCCCGUGUGUGGCCUCACACCCGAAGAAUGUGAUUCUACUGGCUUGUGAUGCUUUUGGCGUGCUCCCACCCGUGAGCAAGCUGAGUCUUGCACAGACCAUGUACCACUUCAUCAGUGGCUACACUGCUCUGGUUGCUGGCACGGAGGAUGGAAUCAAGGAGCCACAAGCGACGUUUUCGGCUUGCUUUGGGGCAGCCUUUAUAAUGUUGCAUCCCACCAAAUAUGCAGCAAUGUUAGCUGCUAAGAUGCAAAAGCACGGUGCCACUGGGUGGCUAGUCAACACAGGCUGGUCUGGUGGAAGGUAUGGGUCGGGGAGCCGUAUCAAGCUGGCAUACACUAGGAAAAUAAUCGAUGCAAUUCACUCGGGCAGCCUAUUAAAAGCCAACUAUAAGAAAACCGAGGUCUUCGGGCUUGAGAUCCCGACUGAGGUCAAGGGUGUGCCUUCCGAAAUAUUGGAGCCUACCAACACCGUGAGUUCUCCUGAUCUGUACAUACAUUCUUUAUGGGUUUUGACAUUUUUCCCCUUUGCGUUCCUAUUUGUGAUCGUGGUGUGGUUUCGGAUAAUUGGAAAUGGAGGUGGAAUAACGCUUGUAAUUGGACAGUUCCACGACAAUUCUUAUAACAGUGGCAAAUUACUUUUGUCACUGUUUGGGAGAGAGGUUGAGGUCGACAACCCUCGAGAAAAAGAACACUAUUAUCGGAUUGGUGGUCGCAAUCAUAAGUUCGAAAAGGAAGAGUUUUGCGCGAUCACUGGGUUACGGUUUGGCAAUAGCGACUUUGACCCGGAUACGAAUAAGAGCCUCCCACCGGCUAAUGGAGUUUACCGUCGAUAUUUCGACGGUAAGACUGUGCUCGAAAGAGAUUUGUUGUCGAAGUUUGUUGACCGAGAAUUUGAGGAGGACGAUGCUCUUAAAGUGGCUUUCAUACUCGUAGUCUUCUUCUUCAUUCUGUCUCCGGACUCCAGGAUGUCGGUUCCAAUGUGGUUGUGGACACUGGUUGAAGACACAACAGAAUUCGAGAGAUUUCCCUGGGGUUCAUACGCUUUUCAGCGUCUUCACCACUAUUUGGAAAAUGGGAUUAGACCGUCGGUUAGUGGGGGGGAGGUGCAAUUCAAUAUCUGCGGGUAUGUCAUGGCACUUCAGAUUCUAUAUUCACCUAUGGUGUUAACGGCCGAGGAGAAGAACGCCUCUUAUAUGGCCGACAUCGACAGAGAUUUAUCCUCGAAUGUUCAAUACAUUCAUCGUGAUCAGUGGGCGAGCAGCUGUCAACCAUUGUCUUUGGCCAAAAUGCAUGGACGGGGGUUGAAGACAAUGCGACCCUCAAAGAAGACUCAUUCUGCAAACAAUCCGGAAUUUUCUGAAAAAGAUGAACAAAUUUCGCCCACCAAAAGAAGAGCGCAUGAUGUUGAGCCGGAAAGACCACAUCCAGUUGCAUUUGACAGACCAUCUGCAUCAUCUAUCGGAGUUGACGAGGCGAAGAUCGAAGAUAUUGUAUCAAAAAAAAUUGAAGAGGCUUUUGCUAGGAUGUUGUCUAGGUUUGUUGAAUCGGCGGUUACGGAGGUUAUUAAACUAUUAGAUGCUUAUCUAAUCGUUCGAAGCGCGCCGCGUUUCGGAUUUGAGGAUUUGGAGACCGUGAAGGAUGAUUUGGGGAAGUAUGAUUUGGGGAAGGAUGAUUUGGGGAAAGGAGAAGAAUCGAGGCAAGAAAGAGAGCAUUCCAACCAAAAAUCUGAUUUUGUACCUGAGUCCGGUGAUCAUGGUGUUUCAGGAGAGGAUGUUGUGGAGGAGGAUGAGGGUAUUGCAAAAGUUGGCCUCUCACAGGAUGUAGCUGUUAUCACUCAGAAGCCGACAAAAGGAGGUGGAUUCACGGAUGGUGAUGGUGAUGGUGUUGUGGUAGGUCGAACACUUCGCGUUAAGUUCAAAAAUAGCAAGCUUUCCUCACCAUUCGUUGACUACCGGGAGAAGAAAACUGAGAAGCAAUUAAAGGUGAAAUACAAAAAUUGGAAGAAGAAGAAAUCUCCAAUGUUAAAAGUUGGGGCACAAUACCAAGGGCCAGAUUAUUUUAAAAUAAUUGAGGGUGUCAGGAAUAUGCUUUCUACCGAGGGCUUGUUAUCGAAUCAACGGAAAGUGCUUCAUCCCGACGAUCCUCAAUGUACGCAGAGCUAUCAAACAUCGCAAAUUAUGGGAGUUGGAAUGUUCCUCCGGGUCUGGUUAGUUAUGUUCGUGGUACUGCUAUUCGUUGUGGAUCUCCUUGGCAUACAAAUCCCGAUGUAA